AUGACCAUCAACUCUCAAAAGAUCUCGAGUAGAGAACAGGCCGAGGCUAUUCUUGAUAAGUACGACUACUUUUUGUUCGACUGUGACGGUGUGUUAUGGCUCGGAGAUCACUUGUUGCCUCAUGUUAUCGAGACCAUUGAUCUUUUGCAAAGCAAAGGCAAGACAGUCCUUUUCGUUACCAACAACUCUACCAAAUGUAGAGAAGAAUAUACCAAGAAGUUCCAUAAACUAGGGUUUGGUUCUGUGACCAAGGAACAAAUUGUUGGUAGUUCAUAUGCCACUGCAGUUUAUAUCGAAAAGAUCAUGAAGUUGCCCAAGGAUAAGAAGAUUUGGGUCUUGGGAGAGCGUGGUAUUGAAAUAGAGUUACAAGAAGCUGGGUAUCAAACUUUGGGUGGAACUGACCCGGAAUUAAAUGUGGACUCCUUUGAUCCGGAACAUCCUUAUUUCAAUCUUGAUGACGAUGUAGGAUGUGUGGUUGCUGGGUUGUUAUUUCAAGUAAACUAUUUGAAGCUAUCGCUUACAUUACAAUACUUGUUGAAGGACAACAAAAGUAUUCCAUUCGUAGGUACCAACAUUGAUAGUACAUUCCCUAUGAAGGGCAAGUUAUUAAUGGGAGCUGGUUCUAUUAUUGAGAGUGUAGUAUUUGCCAGUGGCAGACAACCAGACGCUGUUUGUGGUAAGCCUAACUCUGGUAUGAUGAACACCAUUAAGGCUAAGAAUGAGGGUUUGAAGGCCAAUCCACUGAAAGGGUUAAUGAUUGGUGAUAGAUUGAACACGGACAUGCUAUUUGGACGUAAUGGUGGAUUGGAUACAUUAUUGGUUUUAACAGGGAUUGAACUGGAGCAACUGGUUUCUAAAGUUGAACAACAGCCUACUUAUUAUGCAUCCAAGUUGGGUGUCAUUUAUGAAUUGACACAAUAA